AUGGAGGAAUUUCAUGCUGAUACCACCGUAGGACUGAUUGCUUGUUGCCAAUGUGGCCUCCCAAUCCAACCCAAUGCGGCCAACAUGUGCAGUGGCUGCAUACGUUCAAAAGUCGACAUAACAGAAGGCAUCAGCAGAACAGCCACCAUUUACAUCUGUAAGUUCUGCGAUCGCUAUUUCGUGCCUCCCAGCGGGUGGAUGCGCGCUGAACCUGAGUCGAGGGAACUUCUAUCAAUAUGUCUGAAAAAGAUGAAACCACAGCUUUUGAAGGUGCGUUUAACAGAUGCAUGCUUUGUAUGGACAGAGGCCCACUCCAAAAGAAUCAAAGUGAAGCUCACAAUUCAAAAAGAAGUGUUUAACAACACAAUAUUACAACAAACGUUCGUCGUUGAGUUCACUGUUCACAAUCAGAUACGGAGAUAUAUUGGCCAGAGUUCGUUUUACUUGAAAGGAAAACAGAUACCGGCCCAAAUCACCAACUACUUUGCAUCAACUCUAGCAUUGCUUUUCGAGAAUUGGUUGCAAUGCUUGGGUUUUAGCCGCAUGUGUGAUGACUGUCGACGAGCUGAAGCAAAAGACUUUUGGCGCGCAUGCGUGCAGGUCCGGCAAAAAGCCGAAUUCAAAAAAACGUUGUUUUACCUCGAGCAACUCCUUCUCAAGCAUGGGGCUCAUAACCAAUGUACAGGAGUGAAGCCAGUACCAACUGGCAUUGACUUCUUCUUUGCAAAACUGCAAGAAGCGCGAAAGUUCGUUGACUUUUUACUCACCGUGUUACCUUGUAAAUAUCAUUAUGCUCAGGAACUUGUUUCACAUGACACCAAAAACAACACCUACGAUUACAAACAUACAUUCUGCGUUGAGAUUGUUCCUAUUUGCAGGGACAAUAUUGUUUGUAUGCCAAAGAAGGUAGCUCAGCAACUAGGUAAUAUGAGUCAGAUCGUGAUUUGCCUUCGAGUUUCUAAUGUGAUCACUCUCAUUGAUCCAAACAACCUACAGAUGGCCGACAUUCAAGCUACAACAUUUUGGCGAGAACCAUUCGAGUCCUUGUGUACGCCAAAGCAGCUCUCCGAGUUUUAUGUGCUGGAUGUCGAAAUGGUAGACAACUUUGAAAGAAAGGCUGGCCAUGGUUUCGUCAGCAAAAAACAUGUGCUUGCAGACGUUUGGCUUGUGCGAAGCCAUCAGGUGGGUAUGUCUGACGCCCAAACGCUUUCAACGAGGACCCAUCUAGGGCAUUUAUUAAAUCCGGGAGAUUUAGUACUAGGUAAUUUCAAAGAUAUUCAAAGCUGAAU